AACAGACUAUGACUAUGUUCGCUGGGUUAACGUCGAUACAUCUACAAUCAAGAAAAAACUAUUAAAAAUUUCAAAGUAAAAUCGUCUGUUUAUUCGUAGAAACAAUCGCAAAAAAGCGCAUUGCUAAAACAUCCUGAUUACAUUGCACACAUAGUGAUAAUAAGCGUUAUUGAAACAUGUCAACUCCCGCUCGCAGACGUCUGAUGAGAGAUUUUAAAAGACUACAGGAAGAUCCACCAACGGGUGUUUCGGGUGCGCCAACAGAUAAUAAUAUUAUGAUAUGGAAUGCUGUGAUUUUUGGUCCACACGAUACCCCAUUCGAAGAUGGUACCUUUAAGUUAACCAUAGAAUUUACUGAAGAAUAUCCAAAUAAACCGCCAACAGUUCGAUUUGUAUCGAAAGUAUUUCAUCCGAACGUGUAUGCAGAUGGUGGCAUAUGCCUGGAUAUAUUGCAAAAUCGCUGGAGUCCCACAUACGAUGUGUCAGCAAUUUUAACAUCUAUACAGUCACUGCUGAGCGAUCCCAAUCCAAAUUCACCGGCAAACUCUACCGCCGCCCAGCUGUAUAAGGAGAAUCGUCGCGAGUAUGAGAAGCGUGUGAAAGCUUGCGUUGAGCAGAGUUUCAUCGAUUAGCCAUGCGCCCACAUGAGGAACAGCACUAACAACAACAACAACAACAACAGCAACCAUAGGGGCAGCCGAAUAAUAAAAACGGCAGCAGCACCAGGAAGAACAGUUAAAUGCAAUAAUAUAAACAGCAAGUUUAAAUUAAAUAAUACAAGAAAUAUUUAUAACAA